AUGUCAAGCUCCUCUCUUAUCGAUGUCAUCAUCGUGGGUGGUGGCCCCUCCGGCCUCGCUACAGCCACCGGCCUCGCGCGGCAACUAUGGACUACGGUUGUAUUUACCAACGAGACAUUCCGAAACGCGCGAGCCUCACACAUGCACAACUUUCCGACGUGGGAUCACCAACCGCCGAGUACAUUUCGUGCCAAGGCUAAGGCAGACCUCCUUGCCCGUUAUAAGACGGUCCAAUUCGAGAACACAGAUAUACAGACUGUCCGAAAGACAGAAGAGGGUUUUUUCCAAGCGACUGAUGCUCAAGGUCGCUCUUGGGCGGCCCGGAAGCUUGUCUUGGCCCACGGAUCCGAGGACAAGCUCCCUGAUAUCCCAGGCUUUGCAGACUGCUGGGCAUACGGCAUAUAUGGGUGCCUCUUCUGUGAUGGAUACGAAGACCGUGGCCUGGCGUCAUCUGGAGUCUUAUGUGUUGGGCCACAUUCAGGAAUCCCGCCCAUCGCCCUUCACCUAUCCCGCCAGGCUCGACGCCUUACUGACAAGGUCACUCUGUAUACGAAUGGAAAUGCAGACUUGGCCGCCACGCUCAAGGAAUCCCUAAAGCAGGACAAAGACGCCAUCAGUGGCCGUAUUCAUGUUGUGGAUCACAAGAUUGCAAGAUUUGAACGAGGGUCCAACCACAAGUCGGAAGUCUUGAUUGUGUUUGUGAACGGGGAGACCGUUCAGGAAGGGUUCAUCGCGCAUCAGCCCCUCAGCCAGGCAAAGGGGCCAUUCGCUGAGCAACUAGGCCUAUCUCUUACCUCUACCGGCGACAUCGCAACGACUCCCCCAUUUGGCGAGACAACAGUACCCGGCGUGUUUGCUGUGGGAGACUGUGCAACACAGCUCAAGGCCGUUUCGCAAGCAGUGGCGAUGGGUACAAUGGCUGCUGGUGGGCUUGUAUUUCAGCUGGGUGCGGAUCUGGCCAAGGUUGACUAG